AUGGAUGAAGGAUAUUCGAACAAUGGAGCGUUUCGCGAUAACCGUGACUCGGUAGCAACCAUGGCCAGAAAUCCGCUAGAAGCAUCACUUCUCGGACCAGGGGCAACAGCGGCCGUGAGGCGUCCCGUUCCGACAGUGGCAACGGCCGGUAUCCAACGCAGACGUGUGAUAAAGAAACAUAUCCAGCAGAAGUAUAUGUUGUGUGGUUUCGUAAUACAUGCAUUCCUCGCCACUCCUGCCUAUUUAUACGGUAAUGUUGUUGAGUCAGACAAAGAUUUAGUACUUCGUAUUUGGCCAGCUAUUGUGUACAUGGCUACGGGCCAACUAUGCCGCAGCAUCCUCGAACAUUUGGAUACGGAGUACCAUGGACGCACAAGGGAAACAAUCAAGUAUCGAAAAGUUUUUCUACUGGCCACCUUAAUAACAUUUUGUUCCCUAAUGAUAAGUGGAAUAUUCUUCUCUUCGGCUUGGAUACGCGUUACAACAACAACCCAAAUUAUAGCCAUUGUAUUUUAUGGUUUCUUUGGUGGCAUUGGCGCCAGUCUCUUCAUUUGGAAGACUCACGUCAUACUGGAAGCUGUUCGUCCUCGAGAAGACAAAUUUGUGUGUAAGACUAUCCACCUGUGUGGUGAAGCCUUCUGUCAGCUUUUCUUGUCCUUCGCAUUUACCAAUUUACGCACCCUGUACGGCACUGCACAAUCUAUAGUUUUAAUGUCUGCCUUAUUAGUGAAUCUCAUACCCAUAAGUUUAAUUAUAACGAGGCACCGUGAGGGUGCCAUAACUCAACGUAUAUCGGUCAUUAAGGCCGAGGCCACUUUUACGCCGUUGCACCAUCAACUGGGGCGUUAUGCCAAUACCUUUGCCGAUCAAUUGGAUGGCAUAGAGUUACGCACAUGGAAAAAUCCUCUAAUGGAACACCAUAAUAGUAUGGCUGCCAUGACAUUGGCAGCAGCUGCAGUUGAUAAUCACCAAUAUAUGCUGCCCACUGACCAAGUGGAUGUAACAUUCAUCAAUCCCAAUGGUGUCGAAAUAAUGGAAAUUAUACCAGAAGAGGACGAAACUGUGUCGGUGAUGCGCUCCAGCUCAGCAACAAUUGAGAAUUAUGGUAGGACCAACAGUAUGAGCGCCUCGCAACAAAUGCAGAAAUCCACUUCCAAUGGCUUGCAAAUGAGUCGGGAAGGUGUGGUAGAUUCUGGUUACAGUAACUUGGACAAAUUACAACAGUUUUCUAGGGACGUCACAUCCCAUCUAUGGCUAAAUCUUUUGGAUAAAAUAGCUGUGCCUUUGAAAAGGGCAUUAAUGGUACCUCAAUUGUAUCCAACCACAUUCUUGUUGUCGGCUGACAUCUUCUCCUAUGUUAUGUGCCUUACGGUACUACCCGGACUGGCUGUUAGUCACCAUGCCAUCAAAAAUGCCGAGAUACCUUUUCUAUUUUCAUUGUUGGCCUUUCCGUGGAUGUGUUUUUCACUGAUGACACCCCGUUUUGGGAAUAGUUUGUAUAAGAAAAAGUUCCAGUGGCACACAUUGGGUUGUCUUUCAAAAGGAUUAGCAUUAGUAUUUAUUAGCUUUUCCACCUCGAAACUGUUGCUGAGUGUCUCAGCUGCCCUAUUAGGUUUUGGCCAAUCGGUAACAUUAUUUCUACAGGAUUGGGUACUACAAAUGUGCAUGAGUCGAUCACAGUGGUUGGCCAUACGAUACCCCGUCCAUUUCACAAACGGACUUCUUAUUCUAGUUUGGGGUGUACUUGCCCAUUGGGUUGUGGCUAACUUUACGUUUCAGGCGAGUGUCGGUUUAGCGGCUGGAUUAUACGCUAUCAGCAUAAUUUUAUGGAAUUUAGUAUAUUUGUGUAUUAGUUGUAGAAAUUAA